CUCCGUCCGCGGCGCGACACUAGUGUGCCGGCCACGGAGCGGCGCGCACGCACCUCGAACCAGCGACCCACGCGCGCUUGUGUGUGUCAGUGUGUCAGUGUCAGUGCAGUAUCAGUGCAGUGUCAGCAUGGCGCGCUUACUCGCGCUGCUGCUGCUCGCGAGUGUCGGCGCUGGUGUGGCGGAGGACGCGCGGCCGCGGCGCACGCGCACUGCCGCCGACACCGCCGACCGCUGGCGCAGUCUGCUAGCUGAGUACUCGCGGGGCGCCGGCGCCGGCGGCUCCUGGUUCCCGCCCGCCAUCCCUGUGCAAGUUCCGCUGCAAGGAGACAGCAGCGGGCGCGCCUCGCUGUCGGUGCUGGUGGUGCCGGUGCCGUUCCCCGUGCCCGGCCUCGCCCCCGCCCCCGCCCCCGCCGCCGCUCCCGCUACCUGCGCCGUCGCAGCCCCGAACCGCGCGGUCAGCGACCUCGCUCCACCCGCCUCUGACGAGGGUUUAAGUCAAACCUCUGUAUAUAACAACUUCCCUUCGUACAACGAGAUCCCUACACGCCCACCAUUCACGAGCUCAGUACCGGUGCGGCCGCCGCCCACCCCGUACGGCCCGCCCGACCUGACCUCGCCGCCCGACGUCGUGCACCUGGACCUGGACAGUGCGCCGCCGCCGCCGCCGCCGCCGCUGCAGCGACCCUCGUUCGACGCCAGGCUCGCUAGGAAUGCGCCUUACUUCCCACCAGUUGCGGACUCGCGACUCUUGCUAGAGCAGUUCCGCGCUCAGAUCGGUGAAGAGCCGAUGCUACCUCCUGUCGUGAUCGACCCCGUGGCCACCGUCAGCACCGACGACUACACGGUGGAAGAAUUGGAAGAGGCCAAGUUUACAAGUCAAGGAGCGCACUCGGCCCACGGCGAGGUGUCGGCGGGAGCUGGCGGCGAGGUGUUGGCGGGAGUGAGCGGUGAAGUUUCUGCGGGAGCUAGCGGCGAGGUGCGAGCUGGACCACGGCGCAGGCUGCGCUGCACGCGGCGGCGCUCGGUAUCUCUGGAACCGCUGGCCGUGGGCAGCGCGGGGGGCGCGCUAGGCGAGGCGCAUGCGCCCAUUGCGCCCCCGCCGCCGCCGCCGCCGCGGUUCGAGCGCUCGCUGUACAUGCGCGCGCGCCUCACCGUGCCGCGCGCCGACUACACUGAACCCUACUCGAUCUGGUGGGACGCGGCGAGUGGAGCGGCGCGCGUCGACUACCACGGCGGCACCACCUCGUCCUACCGCAUGAUGCGGCGCGACGGCCGCGUGCAGAGCGUCAUGAUCCACGUAGAUCGAUCGGGGGAAACUGACGUCCGUCGCUGUACCGUGGUACCACCGCGCCGCGUGUCGCUGGCGGAGCGCGCGCUGCCUGCGCUGCCGGACCUGCAGGCCUUCUCCUUCGCGGGGCGCGACGUGCACGGCAACGAGGUGUGGCGCCACACUCUGUCGGGCCACAGCGGCGAGCUGGGCGGCGCGCGCGGCGAGGCGCUGACCUUCCGCCACGAGCUACUGUUGGCGCGCUCCGCCGACAACUACACCACCACGCCGCUGCGAUACUCCGUGCGAGUGGACAGCUCGGUACUGGGCCCUGACUGCGACGGGUACAUACACCAGUUCGACGAAGUACAGACACAGCACCACGACCCUUCAAUGUUCCAUCUCGACAUCGCCGACGCAUGUGAGCAAGUCGAAAUCACAGACAAAAUGGAGAACGUGGAGCCGCUGCGAGAGUUCACGUCGCUGUCCCGGGCGCCGCGCCACGACGCCAACAUUCAGCAGUACAAGAGGACGUUUCAACGGAGCUACGCCGAUGACUUGGAGUUAGCAGUACGCAAGAACAUAUUGAUGCAGAGCUCCCGACACGUAGCAUCCGGCAACCGACAGGGAGCCUCCUUCCAGCUGGAAGUCAACUUCCUGUCGGACCGACUGCAGGCAGAGCGCCGCGUCCUACUGGGCGUGGAGCCCGACCCCGCCGCCGAUCCCGGCAUGCCCUUCCCGCACGCGCGCCCCGAGCUGGACGCGCUGCGGGGCCGCCUGCCGCGCAAGUUCGACUGGCGCGAGCGCGGCGCCGUCACCCACGUCCGCAAUCAGGGGCUAUGCAGCUCCUGCUGGGCCCACGCGACAGUGGGCGCGGUGGAGGGCGCCUUGUUCGUGCAGACUGGCCGCCUCGUGCCGCUCAGCGAGCAAGCGCUCGUGGACUGCGCCCAGCCAUACGGUGGCAACGGAUGCAAGGGCACGUGGCCGUCUGCCGCCUACAACUAUAUGAAGAAUGAAGGAGUACCUGCACUCGACGAGUACAGCUAUAAAGCCGAAGUGCAGCAGUGCCGCGCUAGCAGUGUGCCGCCCGUCACUCGCAUCAAUGGCCAUCUCAACGUCACAAAGAACAAUAUCGUGGCACUGAAGGUGGCGAUCCGGAAAUACGGGCCCACGGUGGUCAUUAUCGACGGCGAGACAGCUUCCCUCGCCAGCUAUAAAAGUGGCUAUUAUUCUGAUGGCCGAUGUCGAAAAGGAAAACUGAACCACGCCGUGUUAGCGGUGGGCUGGACAGUGUACCGCGGGGAGACGUACUUCAUCUUGAAGAACUCGUGGUCGACGGUGUGGGGCGAGGAGGGCUACGUGCGCAUGCGCGGGUCCACCAACACGUGCGGCGUGCUGCAGCGGCCGUCGCUGCCCGUGCUGCGCGGCGCCGACGUGCUGCGCGUGCCCGCCGCCGCGCGCGCCGCCGCCGCGCCCGCCGCGUGAUACGCGCGCUCUUGUUACCUUGUUACCUGUUCGUCUUAGUCAUUAAACGUUAAGAAA